UAACCCUCAUGGCACCUUAAUUACCUCAAAGCUCUGUCUUCCCUCACCCUUAAGGUCAAACCUACAGACCCUCACCACCUACACAUAAUCCCCCUCCACACACUCUCUCUCUCUCUCUCUCUCUCUCUCUCUCUCACACACACACACACACACACACACACACACACACACCAAUCAUGUCAGCCCAAUGCCUUAUAUGCACUUAAGCUUUCCAUCGCUAGAACCUCAGGUGCAUCCGAAUCCACUUCAUGCCAUAGCCAAGGGGUCUACGACUGGAUGGGGUCAACUCUCCCCUGCCCUUUCGCCUUGGUGAAGUUUGGCCAGCUGCCAGAUGCUGUCCAGUACCCCCAUACUUCCUGGUUUUCUUUCAAGCAUCUCAUGGCAAAAGAGAUUGGCAACUUUUCCUCCUUCUGUGAAUAUACAUUUGUUUGUUUCCCAUUUAUUUCCCUAUGCACAGCCAUCGUAAGGAUUAACUCAUUGUAAAAUGGCUGAAAAUGUUCACUGAUCUUAGUCUUUUUUAAAGAAAUACCUAUGCACUGGGAUAUACUCCUAAUGAUGUUGCAAGUCCUUAAAUCUGGUUCAUUGUACUUUGUGUAAUAACCUCACUUUGUACCACCCUGCCUGUGUUUAUUUUUACAUUUCACCACGGUGACAUCAGCCAGCAUGAGAAAAACCAGUUUACGAAAUCUGGCCCCCAUGGUCACACUAUUGUACAUCACAACACACACCCAAGAAAACAUUUCGAUGUUAAUUACCAUUUCCCCUAUAAGGCAUUUCUGAGAGGAAUACAUUAUACCACCCAACUUUUACAUGACAAGUUGUAGGCUACAUCCAAUGUCACUUUACCUCAGAAUUCCCAUAUCCCUCAAGUCUAAAUAAUGAUGGCGUAGCAAUACCUGUUGGAGACUGAUGGAAGUCUGCAAAUAAGUUAGACUGAAAACGGUAUCAUUGUUACCAAUCAAUCAGAACCAGCGAUAUGAAAAAAGGCACUGGAUUGCCACAGGGCUAUGACCAGUGAGACUGGGUUCAUCUGCGCCAUAAAGAAAAAAUGGGAGGACGAUGAGAAGGAAAACAAUAGCAAAGCGAAUCAUCGGCUGCGAAUAUGAAGAGCAGCAUCAGAAUUAUGAAGAAACGGACACUGAAAUUUCGCGGAGCAUCGUACCAUGUGUACUUGGAGGACUCCAGGCUUGCUCCGAAGCAGAUCUCAUCACCAUGGUGCUGAGCAUGCACAGAGAGAUGGACAACCUCAGAGAACAAAUCCGAUGUCUUACAGCUUGUGGAAAACUGGCGCAAAACCUUGAGAGGUUGAUGGAGACAACUGACUUCUGGUUGAAUAACACCACAAGAGCUACGUCACCCAGCUUACGGACCUUUGAGGGCAGAGAUGUUCCUACUGUGUACACAAGCUCUUUUGUGGCAAAUGGGAGGCUGGCCCAAAUGGAGACCGCGAAUCACCAUCAAGGAGUCCAGAUAGGAGCCAAUGAUGUGGACCCAGAGGAGAACACUCCUCCUCUUUUCCAAGAUUUUAUUACAACUGACCUCCUCGAGCGCUGCAACACGGGGACCACAGCUCAGAAACUGACCAACGACCUUUUGUGUGGGCUGUAUGAGAGGGACUACCUGGCCUCACAUUCAAUCUCAGGCAUCGUCAACAACAAUCGAGGCCAGCCAAAGCCUGCCCUGCCAGCACACGAAGUCCAGGCCAUACUGAGGGCAGUAAAGUACUGUUUCCCUGGGAAGACCGACUCAGAAAUCAAGGGCUACAUUCGACAGAAGCUGCAGAAUGAGGCCAAGCGACUCCUGAAGAAACAUCACCCUGCGACCCCGGCUCCUGCAGCAUCCACCAGAGGAGUGGGAUCGGAGAUCCCCAGCGCAUAGCAAGAUGCCUUACUCUAUGGUAUAUUGGGCUUUUGGGACUUUGCCUCCUCCGAUAGCGUUGGAAGUGUUUGAAUUGAUAGCACUGAGAGAGACUAGGGCUCAGAGGAAAUCCUGGCCACUCAUGUGUUGGUGUUCUGACUUAGCUUCUUGAGGACCACCUGAGACAGAAGUGAUGCCUACUACUCUACCUUAGUGAAGUGGAUCAAGUCAUUAAAAAGAUUUUGUGGAGAAGUAGCCACUUGUCAUGUCACCUGUCAAUCUUAGAGCUGUGUAUUGCAUUCCCAAGUGUUUGAUGUUGGUUUGGUUGAAAUAAGUAACUAAUGAGUGGUGAAGUCAGUUGACAGUUAAAAAAACAGGUUAGGUGAAAACAUUGAUAAAAUCAGCUGACAGUGAAAAAAAAGAUUUACACUGUGAAAGGGAAAUCCCACCCACAGCAAAAAAAAAACAGUUUAGGUUAUUUUUCAGUGUUAGAAGACUGCAAACUGCUACCUACCCAAGUACCAGGUGUCUUUAUGAAUUUGACCACGGUCAAUAAGACAUAUUAUAUAUUUUUUUAUAUUUCUCAUGCCUUUUAAAAUAUUUGCUUUAAACAAUACUGAAUAAUACUUUGCAUAGUCAUAGUCUAUUAUUUUCUUCUUUAUUAUCUUUGCACAAACAAAAUAUGACAAUUUUUUUAUGCAUUUAUGUAUCUACUGUGUAUUGGUGAAAAUGUUUAAUACAUAAACAGUUAUGUAUGGUCUUGAUUUAAUUUGCUUUAUAUGCCAAUGCACCUCACCUAUUGUUUCAUUUAAAAGUCCUGAUUAAUUAAAU